CUAGAAUGAGAACAGAAGAAGCGAAGGACUGACUUAGUACUCCGUACUUGAGGGCAAAUAGUCCAUCAUCGACAUUAUUGCGCCAGUUACUCUGCUCUGCUCGGUCCAUCUUGGAGCUGGUCUCCAACGCUGGUUCCGCCACUUACCCGUCAUCUUCCACCACCUCCACCACACUACUCUCUUUUUACAAUCUACCCGUGGGAUUUCUACCAGCAUCAACACUCCCCGCUGGCAGCGUCCAUCGCAAUCCCACGCCAGAGGAAUGAGAAUCGCAACGCUCCAAUUCGCCCCGCAGUUGGGUGAUGUUGAGGGCAAUAUUAGGAAAGCUGAUGAGCUACUGAAGAAUGGAAAGGUGGUGCGAGGUGGAGGCACGGGAGCGGUUGGACUGAAUAUCUUAAAGCCGGACAUUCUGAUCCUGCCUGAGCUGGCUUUGACGGGAUAUAACUUCUCCUCCCUGGAGGCUAUUAAGCCGUAUCUGGAGCCAGCAGGCCGAGGUCCCUCGGCUGACUGGGCUCGGCAGAUAGCUCAGCGUCUACAGUGCAAAGUCUGCGUGGGGUACCCCGAAGUGUACACGGAGAGCACGAUUCAGGCAGGAGACGAGGCAAGUAGUCAUCACGAGACUUAUUAUAACUCUUUGCUUGUGGUCGAUGAGAAUGGUCAGGAUCUUCUCAACUAUCGUAAAUCAUUUCUCUAUUACACCGAUGAGACCUGGGCAUCAGAAGGUAAUGUGGAACGUGGAUUUGAAAAUCUGAUAUUCCGGAAAGGGGAGCGAACCUCCCAAGAGUCACACAUAGCCACCUCCUUCGGGAUCUGUAUGGACAUCAACCCAUAUAAGUUUGAGGCCCCGUUCACCGCUUGGGAGUUCGCCAAUCGAGUCAUGGAUUCCAAGUCUCAGCUGGUCAUCCUGUCUAUGGCCUGGCUAUCUACCUUGAGUCGAGAGGAGCUGGAUCUUCUCGCGGAUGAACCUGACCUGGAUACCUUCAACUAUUGGAUCCAGCGAUUUUUGCCACUCAUCACGAAGAAAAUGAGCCAUAAAAUUAAUUUGGACGAGGAGGGCUCCGAUCGGAGCAAGGAUAUCGUUAUCGUCUUUGCCAAUCGAGCUGGGGGAGAGCCGGGAGCAGCGGGGGCGAACCCGGCGCAUUAUGCCGGUACCAGUACCAUCAUCGCCAUCUCACAACGACCCAAGGCCCUUCCCACGCCAGCAGCUGCCGGCUCUGGUGACUCGGGCGAAUCCAAAGCACAUUCAGACGCAGACCAGGCAGCCGAAGACCAAUUUGACGUCAAAAUUCUUUGCUGGGACAUGUUGGGCGCAGCAACAGAAGGUAUCUGUUUUGCCGAUACUGCGGCAGACCCAAGUAUGGUUUUCACGUUAGCAAGACGAUCGUCGAGCUAAGGAUGCGACUGAGCAGGAGGUCGGCUUUCUCUGAUGUUGGUUGGUCGGGUCGCAGCAGGGCGCUGCUAUGGCUUACGACCCCCGCCGGGCGUUUGAUUAUGCGCAUCCUGUAGUUGGAGUGAUAGCAUCGUAAUAGACAAGCGUCUUUGCUAGUUGUACCCCCCUCUCUAGGUUCGAAUCUCCAGAGCUUGGAUCCGUUGACUAUGAGAAGCCCUUCUCUGGCUGCAACCCAUGUCUAUAUCCCUCCGACAUCCCGCAUUGUUCGCAGCGAGCGAAAACUCUUUUGUUUUGGCCCCAUUACUUUUUUCUUUAUCAUUUUCGCCUCCCCAGAAGAGAAGAGGAGGCCACCACACCCUUUAGAUUCCAGGCUUGAUAUGGUCCCUACGGCACUAUCAUGUGAGACAUUGAGUUGGGUGGGUGGGGGUCCCCAUUUAUUCUGAAAUAG